AUGCCCCCUCCUAUAGCCUCCUCUCCCUUGUUAUCCAUAAAAGUGAUAGACGCAGCUCUCUCCGCCCUUCCUCCCCCAACGGCAGAAGAAAGAAUCCGUCUCUUAUCAACAAAAUUGUACAUCCUCACGAAUCCCCUCUCCAAUCCCACCAUUCCUUCUCAUUCCUCCCAACCCAACUCAUCCAGACUCUCCUCAUCUACCAAAGAUACAUUAUCCUCUUCUUCCUCGAUCGACGUACUCCACGAAUCGAUCACUCCCACGACUUCCGACCAACAUGAUAACGAAUUGGAGAAUCACAAAAAACGGUUGGAGGUACUGGACCUGCGACUCGAUCUCGCUCAUGCGCAUUUGAAUUUACGUCCGCAAGGAUGGAUAGCGGCGGAAUCAGAGUUGAGUUUGGUAGAAGGAGCCUUGAGAAGUCUGAAACGACGAACCAAAAGACGGCUCGUAGUGAGAAAAGGGGAAGGGGAUGCGUCUCACAAAACGGAGACACUAAAGGGACAGGGGCGCGCGAACCAAGAAGGGAGAGAACAACUUGGAAAGAAGAGGAAUGCAGGAGACGGAGGAGGAGAUGAGGUGAAGAAUACAGGUGUGGUGUGGAAACUGGACGAGAAACGAGAAUGCUCGAGAUGA